AUGCCGCCCGGCGCCGCGCCCGGCGCGCCGGACGACGCGGGCGGUGGCUACGACUACGCCGCGCAGCUCGAGCGCGAGCCCGCGCGCGCGCGCGACGCGCGGGCGGCGUUUAAACACGCGCUGCCGCUGCUCGCGCUGACGCUCGUCGCGCUCGCCGCGCUCGCGCUCGACGCCGCGAGCGUCGCGCGAGACCGCGCGCGAGGAUUCUCAAAGUUCUUUUCGUCGAUCGACGACGAUCGCGACGGCGAGCUGACGCUGGGCGAACUGGCGGAGUACUUGGGGACGGCGCGACUCGGCGUGGCGGGCUCGGACGCGGCGACGACGGCGCGACGAUUGGAUUCUCCGGACGACGACGACACGACGGUGAGCCUACGGGAACUGCGGCGAGGCGCGGGGUUGAUGAAGAGCGUGCGCGAGACGGCGGAGUGGGUGCGAUGGGGGGUUGGGGCGCCGGAAUGCGCGAACGCGUUCGCGGAGAACGGCGUGUCGUCGAUGGAUUUUCCAUCGUUGUUGGCGAAGGACGGCGAACGGUUGCGACGGAUGGGGGUGGUGCGCGAUCACGAAAAAUUGACGAGAGCGAUGACGAGGCAGUUGUUGCACGUCGGGCGCGCACCUUCGUCGCCGAGAGCGGUCAAGGCGAGCGUGGAGCGCGGCGACGGGGAGCCGCGAGUGCGCGUGACGUGGAGAGCGCCGAAAGAUCUCGGUUCGCCGCGCGCGCACGAAUACGUCGUGCAAAGCGGAGUCGGGGUGGGUGGUAGAGUUUUAAAGUGGACUCACGUUGCGAACGUCGACAGUGAGACGUUUACGGUGGAUGUUGAUGAGUUGAGUCGCGCGCCUGGGGUGCGGCACAAAUUUCGCGUCAUUGCUUGGGGCGAGUACGGGAGGAGUAAAUCAACCAAAGCGAUGUCGAACUGGGUGACGAUAGCCGAUGAAAGCGACGCCAAGUGGGUGGGUACGAUUGUUUCGCUCGCUUUGACGCUUCGAUUCGUCAUCGCCGCGCGUGGCCUCAUCAUCCGCGGCUUGGUGCUGAUGGCGGCCUUGGUCAAGUUUACCGUCGCUCUAGCGAAGGGAGAGAAGAAGAGCGUGAAGGAAUUCCUCGAACCGGCGCUCCGCAUGAAGGAACCGUCGACACCGCCGUCCGUCGGUAUAAGCAUCAACAGAAAGCUCUUCACGCCUACGAAGGUUCUCGAGAGUCAAUCGAGCAUGAGCGAGAGCGACCCUUACUUUGUCGCUGUGGGAGAUGCGUGCAUGUCCAUGGAAAGCCGCAAGCAGCUAGCAAGGAAACACUUGGACGAGCGUGAGUUCGCCGCCGGUGCGGGAGGCUCGGACGGCUUUUCACCCGUGCAUCAAAGCAUAGUAUCAAGGCACGCGAGAGAAGCGAUGACGCUCGCGCCAAACGACUCGUUAAAUGGACGACGGCGCGAGCCAGGCGUUAAAGUUCUCGCGUGUAGCGACCCGGGGUGUCAAGUAAACUUGAAAAAAGCUCGCACCGUGCGGCAUUUCUGCGGUUUAUGUCAGGCGUGGUUUUGCGCGGAGCACACGCGAGUGUCACCUCACGGAAAUCGCGGGCGAUGCAAGCCCGAGUCGCGGUGCAUCUGCACCGACUGCUACGAGAUUCUCUCGAAAGAGGAGCAGCGAGAAUUGGACGAAGAUAACGCGUAUUCGAUCGCGUCUCGGACGACAAAAAAGAAGACGUUGUCGCGCGCUGUUACAAUGAUGAUGACACGUCGACGCGGCGCGAAGGCGUCGGAGAUUAGUAAUAAUCUUUUCAAAGACGCCAUGAGCGCGUGA